AUGUCUACCCCAGUGGCCAUCGUUACCGGUGCUUGCUCAGGAAUCGGCCUCGCACUCAGCAAGUACCUGGUUCAAACAAGGAAAUGGCGUGUAGUUAUGGCUGAUAUCCAAGAGGAUGGGUCGACCACGGAGCUUGGAUCAGAGAACGUCCUGUUUGUCAAGACAGAUGUCAGCUCUUGGGAUCAGCAACAUGCGUUAUUCAAACGCGCCGACGUAUGGGCAGGCAGUGGAGGCAUUGUCUUCUUAGCUGCCAAUGCCGGCCUCUCUGAUCCGCCUGCAUCUCUUGAUGGACUCCUUGGCAAGUCGAAAGAAGACGAGCUCACGCCGCCAACGCUUGACCCCAUUCAGGUCAAUCUACUCGGAGCCAUUUAUUCGCUGCAACUGUUCGCGCAUUACGUGCGCAGUCGCGGUGGCGCGGGCAAAGCGGUGUUGACCUCGUCGGGUGCCGGCAUCUACCCUAUGCCAAGUCAUCCCGUAUACGCAGCAUCUAAACACGCAAUUGUCGGCUAUACAAGAAGUAUUGCACCCAGUCUUUUGUCCGACUGCAUAACCGUCAACACGAUCCUGCCCGGAUUCACACCAAGCAACAUGACAGCUCCACUCCUGGGCGUAAUUCCACAAAAAUACGUUACGUCACUUGAUACGAUGAUGGCGGCCUAUGAUGUGUUCCUCAACGACGACUCACAGAUGACUGGCCGGGUUCUGGAGGUCUCAGCUAGCAAGACGUCGCAUUUUCGGGACCACCCACCGUACCCAGACGAGGAGAUCAGAUGGCUCAACGAGGAGAUUUUCGACUGGGCGGACGGCGACGGGACCGAGUUCGGUAAUCGCUGGAUACUACAGGAGUGGAAGGAGGGACAGACCCUGAGCACCAAGGAUGUUGAAAGUCUGGACGACAAGACCCAGCGCUUUGUCCUUGAUCAAAUCGCGGCCGUUCUGAAAGCUUUCCAGGACUUCCGGCUUCCCGAGAGUGUCAAAGGCUUCGGUGGUCUCACAUUUGAUGAGGAUGGCGUGAUGACUAGCACUAAAAGCGUAAUACCUUGUGGUGGGCCGUUCUCUAGCUACAGCAACUUUUUAAGGGGCAUGCUUGAAUGGCAGCUUGAAGCGACCGAGCGAAGCAGUCACCUGCGCGGCUGGCGCGAAUAUCCCGAGCUGCGAAAGCGACUGCAAACGUUCUUUUCCGAUGGGCUUGAGGCUCAACUGGCUCGGGUACCAGAGCAGCAGCAAGUAAUGGUACAUGGUGACCUGGCCCUGUCUAAUAUGCUUUUCGACACGUCGACGUACCGUUUGAGCGCUGUCUUGGACUUUGACUUUUCCCAUCUUGGCGCGCCCAUCUCUGAGUACUUCUUCUCCUUUUGGGACAUAGGGGAGGUUCUGCCAGGGCGCGCGAAGCCAGAGGGGCCCGUUCGAGACUGGCUCCUGAGUGGAUUUCCCGAGAGCGUGGAUCCGAAGUUUGAACUCCUGCGGGUGUGGGAUUAUGCGCUCAAUGAGGCUGGUGUACAAAAGCCAUCAACAAUUCAUGGCGCGGGCCAUGUUGCUGAUCUGUGGUGGUUUUCGCAAGAAUUAUGUCAGGCCUUCUGGUUUACAGACAGAUACCUCGCGACCCAGUCAGCAGAACAGCUGGAAAAGUUCAAAACCGGCCAUGCCCGCUAUCUCGAGAGGGCAUUGACACUGUGGGGUUUCUGA